AUUCGAUAUAACUUGUCGCAACGGAAAAGAUGAAUUCGGUAUUGCGGCCUGCACGUCACAUUUAAUCCCUAUAUUAUUUUCUUCACCACUGUUUCUUUCGUCAUGUCUGUUCUUCAAGUUGCUACUGUACUUGCCAACCUUGCUGCCAAGGCACAUUCUACCAUGUCCUACGCUGGCUCAUCAUCUUCUAAUGAAUCAGAAUGCUCCUCUGAAGCCUCUUCUCUUGCCGAAGGCUCUUCUCCAACAUCCGACUCGCGCCUCUAUCUUGCCUUACCACCACGCAUUAAUGAACAUUUGGCAGUUCUAUUGCCAAGGAACCUCUGGAAGCCUGAUUCUCUCGCUACUACAUGUGAUAAUUUUUAUUGCCACAUCAAGUUCUCGGUCCUUGAACGGCGUCAUCAUUGCAGAAAGUGCGGUGGCGUUUUUUGCCACCAGUGCACCACCCGUUCAACCCAUUUGCUUGACGUCUCCAAUCUUGAUUUCCUUCAUCCUCCGCGGAACGUGCCUGUCUCAAAUUACGAUAGUCCAACGUCACCAGUUCUCGUACAGAAGGUCUGCGACGACUGUUGGGACCAGAUCUACGGCUGCAAUUCGCCUCGUACUCCAGAUGGCAGACCAUCCACUCCUAUGCUUGUCAAGUCUCCGGUAGAUUCCAGAGCUCCUUCGCCUAAUUCGUCUGUUUGUGCAUCUCCUGUGGACAGCCCAGCACCCCCCUCUCGACCCAUCCGCGUUGCCCGGAGCUCAUCUCAUUUCAGCACCGGACAUCUUCCAUUACCCACUUCGAUCUUAUCUCCUACUGAAUUCGAGGUCCCCCAACCAUCAUACGGCGAACUAGAUGCAUAUCCACUACGGAGGUCCAGUAUCAUUUGUAAGGCAACAGGCGGUGGCCGCUGGGAGCCAAAACAUUCACCUCCCAAGAUCGGUGUCCGGAUACCUGGGUACAAGGCACCAUACGAAAUUGAGAUGGAACGAGAAGAACAAGAAGAACGUCGUCGCUGUCAGAAUCCCGUUGUGCGAGAUGGAGAAUUUCAAUAUCGAUUCCGGCAGGACCGGGUUGCAGCUAGUCUUUCCCGCACUGCUUUAUGUUUCUCCACUUUCUAGGUUGUCUGUUUUGUUGUUAUCGGUGUAUAUAUCGUGUGCAUGUGAGCUGUUGUAUUCCUUCAUCGUGCAUAACUGUUUCCUACUCUUGACUCUUGUUUAUACGUAAUCUUAUGUCCAUAGUGUCUGGUGUUUCCCCAUGCUAAUCUACUUGUUGUCCUUGCAGUUAUUUAUUAUAUCGUGUUUCUAUAUCCCACUGCAUCUACCAUACCAUUACUUGAUUGAUACCUAAUAUAUAUAUACGAUUUGUAUACGCUCUUGCUAUUCAUUCGUUU